AUGACCGCUUUCUUCAUCCACCGUGAUCCUAAGAUCUUUCCCGAUCCAUUGCGAUUCAUCCCUGAGCGUUGGCUCUUGGAGCCAGAAGACUUACGAAAGUUGGAGCGGUACCUCGUCCCAUUUUCCAGGGGGACCUUGGGAUGUCUGGGUCCGAAUAUGACCUGGGCAUGGCUAUAUCUGGUGCUCGGGACACUCCUGCGAAGAUUCGAGAUGAGACUGCACAACACGACGGAGGAGAAUGUCGAGGUGACCCGGGAUAAAUUCCUUGGGCAGACGGAGCGCGGAAAGAAUCGGGUUCAGAUCAAGGUGGUGAGGGAGUAUCCCUAA